UAGGAUUACGAUAUUCCUAGUACAAAACCAGCUGCCAAACGAGAUCCUCCCACAAGACACUUCUCACGAUUUCUUUUGUUUAAAAACCGUUCCUCCCCAGCACGGAGCGGUACAGGCACCACGUCGCACGCCGUCGUCAGGAGACUCAGGACAGCAACCCAAACGUACGGUGGCACCUACGCGCAGCCGCUUCACAGAAAAGCACCGACGCACUCCUCCGCUGCACCAAUACCCACGAACCCGACUCUACUCGCACGGCUCGGGACCACCGCACGCGCCACUACCGACGGAAACCCACGGUUCACCACUUCGCACAGCACCCUAACGCCGCUCACAAGCUUCAUCUUGCCACAGCAUUUACCACCCAUCUCAGCAUAACUCAGAUGAACUCGAAGAGGCCAAAAACUGCUUGCCACAAAGUACAAGCUAUUUGACGAUGAAGUAAGAGAUGAUCUACUGUUUCCUUUACCUUUUUGCACGUGCAGCACCAUUCAAUCAUCAUAGCAUGUCCUGUCGAUAAGCACUUAAAGAUAUCGGUGAAAGGUUCAUGCUAUGGAUUUGUCAGAUGCUGUAAUAGUCAAUUCUAGCCGUUUGAAAUCAGUUGUAUGGAAUGACUUUGAUAGGGUCAAGAAAGGUGAUACCUGUGUGGCUGUAUGUAGGCAUUGUAAAAAGAAACUUAGUGGAUCAAGUACAAGUGGAACAUCGCAUUUGAGGAAUCAUUUGAUCAGGUGCCAGAGAAGAUCUAAUCAUGGCAUACCUCAAUAUAUUGCAGCGAGGGAAAAGAAAAAGGAAAGGACCCUGGCUCUGGCAAAUUUAAAUUUGGAUCAAGAGCAGCGAAAGGAUGAAAUGCUCAGCCUUGCGAAUGUUAGAUUUGAGCAAGAGCAACAUUUGAAAGAUGAGCUUGUUAACGGUGGAACGGGUAGCUUUGAUCAAAGGCGAAGUCAAUUUGAUCUUGCUCGCAUGAUCAUUUUACAUGGGUAUCCAUUGGCCAUGGUUGAGCAUUUUGGAUUUAGAGUAUUUGUUAAGAAUAUGCAGCCACUUUUUGAGCUCGUGACAUUUAGUAAAGCUGAGGCUGAUUGUAUUGAAAUUUACAUGAAAGAGAAACAGAAGGUGAAUGAAGUGUUGGAUAAAUUGCCUGGAAAAAUCAGCCUCACUGCAGAGUUGUGGGCUGCUUAUGGCGACGUUGAGUACUUGUGUUUGACAGCACACUACAUUGAUGAAUCUUGGCUGUUAAAGAAGAUGGUUCUAAAUUUUAGUUUGAUUGAUCCUUCCCAUACUGAAGACAUGCGCUCAGAUGUUAUCAUGACAUGUUUGAUGGAUUGGGAUAUUGACCGCAAGUUGUUUUCCAUGACAUUUGAUAGUUGUUCUACCAACGAUAACAUUGUCUUUAGAAUCAGAGACCGGCUGUCCCAGAACAGAUUUCUUUAUUGUAACGGUCAAUUCUUUGAUGUACGCUGUGUGGCAAAUGUUAUCAAUUUGAUGGUUCAGGAUGCCUUGGAAGCACUAUCCGAUGUAACCCAUAAGAUUCGGGAAAGCAUUCAACACUUUAAAAGUACGCAAGCUAUGCAAGCGAAGUUCAAUGAAGUGGCUGAAGAAGUUAAAGUUCAAAGUCAAAAGUCCUUGUGUCUAGAUAAUUCAUUGCGAUGGAACUCCACGUAUAUUAUGCUUGAAGUGGCCUUGGAAUACAGGGAGGCAUUUUCUCUUUUGCAAGAAAAUGACCCUGUCUACACAAUGUGCCCAUCUGACACAGAGUGGGAGAGGGUGAGUGUUGUUACUAGUUUCUUGAAGCUCUUUGUUGAGGUUACGAAUGUUUUGACAAAGUGCAAGUCUCCAACAGCAAAUAUAUAUUUUCCUGAGCUCUGUGAUAUUCACUUGCAGUUGAUUGAAUGGUGCCAGAAUUCAGAUCAGUGUAUAAGUUCUUUGGCGUCGAAGAUGAGAAAUAAGUUUGAAGAAUAUUGGGAGAGAUGCAGCUCUGGUUUAGCAGUUGCAGCUAUCUUAGAUCCUCGAUUUAAGAUGAAACUGGUAGAGUAUUACUAUCCACAAAUCUAUGGUAGCAGUGCUUCAGAACGUGUUGAUGAUGUCUUUCACUGUGUCAAGGAACUUUACAAUGAACAUUCAAUCUGCUCACCACUGGCUUCUCAUGAUCAAGGUCUGUCCUGGCAAGUGGAUGGUUCCUCACCUGCUUCAAGGGAUAGGCUGAUGGGGUUUGACAAAUAUCUACAUGAAACUGCUCAUAGUGAAGGCAUGAAAUCGGACCUAGACAAGUAUCUAGAGGAGCCCCUCUUUCCACGUAAUGUAGAUUUCAACAUACUAAAUUGGUGGAAAGUACACACUCCUAGGUAUCCUAUCUUAUCUAUGAUGGCGCGGAAUGUGUUAGCAGUUCCCAUGUCCAAAUUUACUUCAGAGUUUGCAUUCAACACCGGAGGAAGGGUGCUCCGCCGAAAUUGGAGUUCACUGAGUCCACAUACAGUCCAAGCGUUGGUGUGUUCACAAGAUUGGAUACGGAAUGAACUAGAAAGUUAAUUUUCUUUUCCUUCCCCUUUAAAUCUCAUUUUUGGUAAAUUCUAUCUGUCAUUGAGCUUUCUUUUUCUUGGAUUUCUGUAGCUCAUCUAUGGCAGGAUCAAGCUAAUCCCUGUACCAAUAUUUUGAUGCAUAGUAGUGAGUCAAUUUUAAGGUUAUCCGUUCCAAUAUUUUACAUCGGUCUAGAUGGGGUGGCAAUAAACUAUUUCUUGCUCAAA